GCGCCAUCAGUCUUCGAGCCUACGCACGCGCAGGCGGCCCAGGCAGUUGAGGCAGCUCCCGACUGUCCCCAGGGUCGAGACUCCGGGGUUGGAACGUUAGACUUUUGCCAUUUCUGACCUGGAAGCCACGCCUCCCUCCUAAUAUUAAUUUCCAGGUGACUGCUCUGGGCCAAGCACUACUUCUCAGUUCUGGGGAAAACAUCAGCGAGAUAGAGCUCUAGUUCCUGGCCUCAUGGAACCUGGAGUCUCGUGUUGAAGACAAGCAUCAAAGAGGCAACAAUCAUAACGCAGGCUUUACUCUUUGCUUUGUGAUCCUUCAGUGUAUUAUCCGGACAAGCAGGUUUGAAAGGAAUGACGACAUUGAUGCAAGGAAGCAGCACAAAGAGCCUUCUCGGGGGACAUGGCGAAUCUUACCAGGGACUUGACAGGCGUCUGCAGCAAAGGGAGAGGCCACUCAGGAGACCAGACCACACCCUUUGCCAACUGGGCGUCCACCACACCUGUUGAUGUCAUCUUUGAUAUCAUGAGGAUGCAGCCACUGACAUUGCAGCCCAUGUGCUGGGGAGUCUGGGAUUACUUUAAUGAUGCUGGAAAAGUCUCUGGAUAAGGAUCUAUGCUGAAUCUGUCAGGUGCUUUUGAUGAUAUCAUAAAAGAAGCAUGACAACAUCCUGGCUGUCGGAGAGGCAAGGAGAGAAGAGAGGGGUUGUAGCGGGCAGCGGAACAGGGAGGCCCCGUGGGACGCCGGGUCUGGGGGAGAGACAGCAGGUAGCAGCGAGCCACCCUGGCAGCUGUCAGAGCGCCUCAGCUUGUCAGUGGCUGCUAUGCAGCAGGUGCAGCCUGCUCUCUUACUAAGUCUCCACUCCACAAAGGCAGCGACUGGCCAAGGCAGCGGCUGGCCCUGGAUUACACAAGUGCAGACACUCAACUAAGUGAGCUGGAAGACCCAGGGGAAGGCCGCGGCUCAGGCGCCCACAUGGUCAGCACAGCCAGGGUGCCUGCGGAUAAGCCAGUGCGCAUUGCCUUCAGCCUUGAUAAUGCCUCAGAUGAUACACCUCCUGAAGACUCCAUUCCUCUGGCCUUCCCAGAAUUAGACCAGCAGCUACAGCCUCUGCCGCCUUGUCAUGGCUCCCUGGAAUCCAUGCAGGUCUUCAAACAGCACUGCCAAAUAGCGGAAGAAUACCAUGAGGUCAAAAAGGAAAUCGCUCUGCUUGAGGAACGCAAAAAGGAGCUCAUUGCCAAGCUGGAUCAGGCGGAAAAGGAGACGGCGGACGCCGCGCAGCUGGCCCGGGAAUUCGAGGCCCUGACGGAAGAGAACCGGUCCCUGAAGUUGGCCCAGUCACAAUGUGUAGAGCAACUGGAGAAGCUUAGAAUCCAGUAUCAGAAGAGACAGGGCUCGUCCUAACUUCACAUUAUUCAAUGCGAGCGUAAGACGUUGGUGACUGCUAUGUGCUGGCCAAAAGAUUUUUAUUUUGUAGGGACAGUGAAUAAAAGAGAUCACUUCUCUUUAUUACCCACAUGGCAAACAUCUGUAAUGAGUUUAGUGCCUGCUAGAUCUAGUUUGAGAGUAGGGAUAUUUUAUUUUAAAUAAGAUAAUUAAAGCCAACCUAUUACCAGGAUGUUUUCAGAGAUCAUCAUUCAUUUCCAAAGGUUUUUUUUUUUUUCUUAUUUAGGAAGACAUGAUCAUACUGUACAUCAGGGUAGAAAAUGAUAAAAAUAGAAUAUUGACUGACGUCGCUAAGAAUCAUAAACAAAAUUAAGCCGUGAAACAAACCAGUAAGAUGCUCACUGCAGUUCCACAUCUGUGCAUUUUUAAAUUUCACGUCUUUGCUAUUUCAACUGCGUUCAAAUCUGAACCGUCAGAAACUUCUCCUCAUAUAUUUAUGUUCACCAGAGUUAGAUUUAAUCCCCCAGUGACUGACUGUACUAAGAAUAAAUGGUCAUAUAUCAUAAAGCAUUCUCAUGAAAGUAUUAGCAGAAAGCAUGUUUGUGCCAAAAACACAUUUGCCAGUGCAAACUUGCUGUUGUAAUAAAAAGCAGAUAAGGCCACAUUUUCUUCACGCCACGUUACUUCCCAGUAAACAGCUCCGCCUUUGCUUGUGUGUGUUCUGGGGCAUGGGGAAAAUGGAAUAGAAUUGUUUAGACAUUACUUUGGUGAGUUUCUAUGAAAACAUCAGUAAAAUUAUAACUCUGACUUUGUUUUGGAUUUAAGGAGAUGUUUCGGAUUAGUAAUAACUACGAGAAAUGUAUGACUAAAUUCAGGAUUAAAAUGAGUUCCCCCUUGUUCUUCCUAUCAUUAUAUUUCCCCGAAUUGAUCUCUUUGUUUUAUGUCCAUUUCUAUUCAUGUAACUUCUUUUUCAUUAAACGUGGAUCAAAA